AGGCUUGGCAGUUGUAAGCGCCUCCGUUCGCUUCCAUUUGGAACCAACUCAAUGAGGCAAUGAGAGAAGGAAGAAGAUGAAGUUUGAGAUUGUUUUCUACUACUGUGGAGUUUCAGCUGACCUAGAAUAUCUUCCAUUGUAGCUUGAACAGUGAUUGAAUCUAGCGAUUCCUCUGUUAUUACCUUUGAGCCAACGAUGUCAACUCGUCGCAGAUUGCAAGAGGAUGAUUGAUUCAGGUCUACUGAGAGAGACAGCAAACGGAGCAUGAGGAAGGAGUGAGAGCCGAGAGGAAAGGAUAGCCAUGGUAGAUCAAGACAAGAUGCUCACUUACGUACAUUUUGGUUAGAAAACGAUGAUGCUUACGGAAUAAAAAAUGAAUGAAGAGGUUUUUCGGUCCGUAUAGUCAAAGUAUGUCGUUAAAAAGUCAAACUUCUUUGUUCUGUUUUGUUGCCACGAGAAAAAUAUUGUUACUAUAAAAGCAAAACAAAAUUAAAUCGAAAAAAAAAGAAAAACAGAACAGAAGAGAAGAGAGGAGAAAACGCAAUUGGUUACGAAUAUUUUUAAAAAAGAAAAAAAAAAACAAAUAUGGCCUUUGGGUUUUUGCCACAAAACACUUAAGGAUUUGUUGCCCCCUUCCUUCCCAAUUUUGCAGCCAUUUUUACUCUUCCACCUUAACAGGGACUUGCAAUUUCUAAAGGUUUCAUCUUUUCUUCGAAAACACUCGCGUAUAUGAGCGGGGGCGAUCUCCCUAUCUCCGUCACAGACAUCAGGAUGGAGAAUGAGCCUGAUGACUUAGCUGUAGCGGAGAUUGACGUGAGCGAUGAAGAGAUUGAUGCGGAAGACCUUGAGAGACGGAUGUGGAAGGAUCGCGUCAGGCUCAAAAGAAUCAAAGAACGAACUAAAAUCGUUUCGUCUCAAACGAAGGAGACGCCUAAGAAGGUCUCUGAACAAGCGCAGAGGAAGAAAAUGUCUAGAGCUCAAGACGGUAUACUCAAGUACAUGUUGAAGCUCAUGGAAGUCUGCAAAGUCCGCGGCUUUGUCUACGGUAUCAUACCCGAGAAGGGGAAGCCUGUGAGCGGCUCCUCUGACAAUAUAAGAGCUUGGUGGAAAGAGAAGGUCAAGUUUGAUAAGAACGGUCCUGCUGCGAUUGCUAAGUAUGAAGAGGAGUGUUUAGCCUUUGGGAAGUCAGAUGGAGAUAGAAACUCGCAGUUUGUGUUACAAGACUUGCAAGAUGCUACUUUAGGGUCUUUGUUGUCUUCUUUGAUGCAGCAUUGUGAUCCUCCGCAGAGGAAGUAUCCUUUGGAGAAAGGGAUGCCUCCUCCUUGGUGGCCUAGUGGGGAUGAAGAGUGGUGGGUGAAGCUUGGGCUGGCUAAAGGACAGAGUCCUCCUUACAAGAAGCCGCAUGAUCUCAAGAAGAUGUGGAAAGUUGGGGUUUUGACGGCUGUGAUCAAUCAUAUGUCGCCUGAUAUCGCCUGGUUGGCGGUUUUGAACCAGGAGGAGUCUCUUACCCCGCAGCCUAGCAGUGAUAAUGGAGCUUCUAAUGUAACCGAGACACACCGGAGAGGUAAUAAUGCUGAGAGGAGGAGGAAGACAGUGAUCAAUAGUGAUAGUGAAUAUGAUGUUGAUGGGAGGGAAGAGGCUUCAGGUUCAGUUUCUUCUAAAGACAAUAGAAGAAAACAAACUCAAAAAGAACAACCAACAGCCACUUCACAGACAGUAAGAGAUCAAGAUAAAUCAGAGAAACACCGGAGAAGGAAAAGACCUAGAAGAACUGUCAAUGGACAAGAGGAAGAACAGCCAGAAACUGAACAAAGAAUUGUAUUACCUGAUAUGAAUCAUGUUGAUGCUCCUCUGCUAGAAUAUAACAUCAACGGUACUACUCAUCACCAAGAGGAAGGUGUUUUAGGACCAGAGGAGAACAGUCUGGAGUUGGUGAUCCCUGAGUUUAAUAACAACUAUACUUAUCUUCCUCCUGUCAAUGGACAAGCUAUGAUACCUGUAGAGGAAAGGCCAAUGCUUUACGGACCAAACACUAACCAGGUGUUGCAGUUUGGGUCAGGUUACAACUUUUAUAAUCCCUCUGCAGUGUUUGUGCACAAUCAGGAAGAAGACCUUAUCCAUACACAGAUUGAAAUGAACCCACAAGCACCGCCUCAUAACAAUGGAUUCGAGGCUCCAGGAGGAGUACUUCAACCCCAUAAUUUACUUGGGAAUGAAGACAGCGUCACAGGAAGAGAUUUGCCGCCUCAGUUUCAGAGCGAUCAAGAUAAACUCUUGGACAGUAACAUUCUAUCUCCAUUCAGUGACUUGGCGUUUGAUAGCAACACCUUUUUCUCUGGGUUUGAUUCCUAUGGUGUUGAUGAUCACUUGUCAUGGUUUGGAGCUUAGUUUCUUAACAUUUUUUGUUGGGAGGUUACAUGGUUCAAAGGAACAUGGCAAUAGUCUGACUUGUACAGUUACAUUCUCUACUGCUGAUCUCAGAUUUGUUAAGAGAAACAAUUGUUUUCCUUUUGAAUAAUUUGCCAGACACUUCUGCUUGAAAGCAGUGAGUGUGUCUUUUGUAAAUUAGCCCUGUGAAUAAUUCAUAAAGUUAAUAGAAUGAUGAUCUUUUUGUCUGUUCAAGUUUCA